AUGCGCCACAGCAAUGAUCGUAAACCCCCGGAAUUCCUCCCUGAUGAUCCGCUGCACGACCGCAUCAGUCGCAGUAUCGACGCUCGCGGUCGUUUCAUCAAGGAUCAGGGUGCGGGAAUAAGCGCGAUUAGCGAUUGCGCGUGCGACGCAGAAGAAUUGUCUUUGGCCAUGGAAGAAUUGCUUGUCUGGGUGGAUUUGGGCAUCGAGGCCGCCUGCGUUGUUGACGAUGGGUUAGGAGGCCGACGCGAUUUCGUCCCCAAGGAUAUUGAGGCGACACUGGAUAUCGAGGAUUGGCCUGCACGAAUCCACAAGGUCCGUGGCUUGGCAACGUCCAUAGGCAGUGUUAGCAGAACGUAG